CAUUUUCAAAACUCACCCGCCAUGAUUGUUGUGUUAUUUCGAGCUGAACUAGUUUAGACGGUCCGUUGUUUUUUUUUUCGGACGUGAGAAAAGAAAGCUUGUUUUUUUUUGUAGCGUUUUGGGAAUAAGAGAAAGAUAUUAGAACAUGGAGUCUCGUUUUUCCCACCUACGCCAGCGGGACACCAGUGUGUCAAUGAUGAGGGUGAAAAUGUCCCGCAGGAGGUCUCAGUCCCAGAAAGAGAACAGAGAUCGAGCUUUGAACUCAAGAAGACAGCUCGACCAAGUCCCAGAGCUGGAUGUCUCAUCCAUGGAUGCCUCCAUUGCCAUGGCCAACAUGUCAAUCAUACCAGAGGCGAUGCAGAACAAGACAAAACAAGCAAAAAAUGACGCUGUAGAUGAGAGGCUGAAGCAGCUUGUGCGCUGGAAAGAGCGUAAGACUCUUGAGAAGGAGAAAGAAAAGAGAGAGAAGGAGCGCAAAGGAAUAUUUAAGACUGGCGUUUAUCAUCACAAGGACACCUUUCCCCUUGCCUCCCUGCCUGCAGUCCCAGCUGCCUCAACCACAGCUAAGGAGACGAGAGUAAACGCAGCUCCAUCUCAGAGUACCAGAGUCACUCGUUCGAUGAAGCAGCAGGAAGUGCAGAGGCCUCUGAAACUGCAGAAUCCAAAUGCAUCAAGGAAAGCACAACCUGCAGCAGAGAAAUCGAACCGGACCCGUGCAGCUACUGUAAAACCUGCAGUGGAGCCAGCUGUACGAGCGUCCAGAUCAGCCAACAGGCCUCCUGUUACAGCAGCUCCAGUGGUGAAAGACAAGCACAAGGACAAGCCUGCAGAUGUUCGGACCACAAGAAGCAGAGUGGUUGUCAACCCUGUGCCCCCCUUAUCUGACAGGAAAAAGAACUGUAAAGCAGCUGUCAACGUGGUCCUGCCUACUAAACAUAUGGAACCUGAGAUUCAGAAGCCAGAGGAAAACUGUCCCCCCAGCCUGACACCCACUCCCGAAGAGGAAGACAUGAUGGUGGAUGAAGCUCACGUUGUCUCAGACUCUGUCCCUGCUGUGGUACCUGAUGAAGCACCAACUUCUGUAUCAUCUUUUGCACCAGAGGGUUUUACCUUCCAGGCUCCGACUGGGUUAUCCUUAUUUAGGUUUGAGCCUCUCACUCCUCGGUCAGCGGACGCCUUUCUCACACCAAGCUCCAGCUUCAAUCUCCCAGCAGCCCCUUCAUUCAACGAUGAGCCUCAGGCUGAGGUGACUGAAGCAUCCCCUCCUAAAUCCCCUCGCCGCUCUCUGGCUCAAACAUCUCCCAAUGAGGCUCCUCCCGCUCCAGGAAGCCCACUGGAGUCAAAGCAUGACGUACCGUACUUCAGAUCAGAAAUGUCCAAUGAGACCAACAGACUGACGGCUCUGUGUGACCACUGGGAGCCCAAAGUAGAGGAUGAAUCUAUCCCAGAAGAGAUGAGAGACAGCAUCCGGACAGCCGUCGGCCAAGCCCGGCUGCUGAUGAAGGAGCGCUUCAAGCAGUUCAGCGGUCUGGUGGAUGACUGUGAUCUGGGCCGAGGGGAGAAGAUCACUACCUGCUCUGACCUGCAGGGAUUCUGGGACAUGGUGUACUACCAGGUAGAGGACGUCUACAAGAAGUUUGACGCUCUGAAAGAAGCGGAGAGCAGAGGGUGGGUGGAGGAGCAGAAGCCCCAACCACGACAGAGGAAAGUAGUGAAGAAACCAUCAGCUGCACCUGUAAAACCGGUGGGGACUAAAGCAGCAGCAAAGUCUCGCCUGGCUGCUGCCAAAGCAGCUAUGAAAGCCAAACACCAGGCAGCUGAGGCGGAGAAAAUAGCAAAGGAUGCUGGGAACAAUGAUGACAACCUGAGUUUGAAUUCCCAGGAGCCUCAACCUCAAGAAGAGGCCAAAGUGGCUGACACGGUGGUGUUUGAUGGAGGUUUCUUCAAGGUGGAGAGUCCAGUCAAAGCAUCAGGUUCAAUGAGGAGAUCCAGUCGUCUCAGUGCAGCCGUGCUCCCGCAGGCCUCCCCCUGCACAAACUACCUCUCACCCAGAAGAGUCACCCGCAGAUCCCUUGCUCUGGCACAGACCCCCAAUAACAUCGCCGCCUCUCCCGCUAAGCCCGGCCCCACCCCUGCCAGCUUCCAUCUCACCCUCGAACAAACCCCAGCACAGGCUCUGAAAUCUCAGCGAGGGACUCCAAAGUCAACCCAGAAGAGAAAGGACCCUGUAAACGUCUCUCUCUGUUUCACACCAGUCAGGGAUGUUCUUUCUGACGCCACCAAGCCUGAGGCGAGCCCUGCGUGCCAACCAGAAACAGUCCCCACACUGGAAAGCACAGCCACGCCUGUGUUUUUACUUCCAUCUAUUUCUGUAGUGGAAGAGCAGGACAAACUAGAAAAAGCAAUCAGUAAUGACCUCACCCUCUCUCCAAGACUUUCCCUCUCCCUGUGCGAAACACCUCUCCCUGUCUCAAAAGCCCCUGAGCCUUCCUUUCUGAGUUUCAUGAUAUCCCCUUGUGGGACUCCCAGCCAGCCUCCCAGCUCCUCUGCUGCUGAUGUGGAGGCCCAAGAAUCUGUUUGUCACACACCUGACAGCUCAGUUAUUGAGGAGAUUCCAGGGUUGGACUUUGAGCGCUAUCUCCAGCCUUCACAGAGAUGUAGCAUGUCACCAGGGGAGACAGCUGCUGUAGAGACGCUAUCACCCAUGGCAGUGGAUGUAGAGAUGGAGAGUCCCAGAGGCCAAUCAGAGGACAUUAUUACUCAGCAGGACCCAGCAGAGCCAUCAGUGCCUUCGGUGUUGACUCUUCAGUCACCACAGACCCAGUCAGCUGAGUCUGAGAUGCUCCCCUUCACCCCAAACAUGAAGGACCGGAUUCGGCAGUCCGUCUGUCCGAGCGACCUCAUGGUCUUCACCCCGCCCCUCUAAUGUGAAGCAAAGAGUGUUUCUUUUCAAAUUUCUCUUGCUUAUUAUAAACUGCUUUUGUUACGUAUGAUAUCCAAGUGAUUUUGAGAUAUUUUUAGACAAACAGAAAAUAGUUGUGUCCGUCAAGAUGUUUUUAUUAAAGUUCUAGCUACAACAAUA